UUUCACACACUCAAACACACACACGUUCGGCCAUAUGCAUGUAAAUAUGUACGAAUGGGUACUCAUGUCCAUGCAGUCAUGUGCAGUUGCGCUUUCUAAAAACAAAAUUGGGUUAAACUGGCGGCUACUUUGACAAAAUUUGGACUAUAUGAGGUGGGCCGUACUCGUUUCCGUACAUACCGUCGUCUUCCAAGUGGUUUUCGCCUUAAUUGGCAAGCGCCAAUGUUAUUGUUACGGUAAUUAAUCAACCAACACAUAGACAUACCGUCACAUCCAUAUGCGGUACAAGUGGACAGCUGUGCGUGGUCUGCGAAAACUGGCCAUGCAAAUAUGGCUAGAAUCUUGUGUAAUAAGUUAAAUAAUUCAUGACUCUCAAUUACUUCCUGUACAAUAAUACGAUUUGAUCAAGAGCAACAACACGCAAGACAGCACUUGAAAUCGAUAUCGUUAACGCGGUAGUUUCAAAGGAAAGAAUAUACAAUGGUACCAUAUAUGUACAUAUAUUCUCACAUUUAUGGAAUUAUUUCACUACACUUCAGGUCCUCACUGGGCUUAAGGGCAGAUGAUAGAUACUGCUACUGCUGCUGUCAGCAGACCGAUUAUAAAUACAAACCAUGGCAUGAUGCGCGCCUACGAUCCCCCAUGUCUUGUCUCAAUUCCUAAACUUAAAGAGUAGCAACACCAUUACCGUGACUGUAAAUUGAAGUUAAAAAUACUUUGCCUGAUAAUCCAAUUUGGGAGGCUUAAGUGUGGCCAGACAGCAAUCCUGAUGGAAUUUCUCAACCCUGCCAUUAACCGUAAUUUCAGUGAUCUUCACAUGCAUACAUACAUUUUACGACGCUAGUUUCUCUGCGCAAUUUACGUUUUUUUGUGUAAUUAAACAAACGAUGAGGACCCUAACUAGUGAAAAAAGAAACGCAUCGGGCGAUAGCCGUUGCGUGCAAAUGAAAGCGCAACCGAGAGCCGCGUUCUCGAGAACAGAGAACCGAGAGCUGAACGACUUGAAGAAAAAUUUCCAAAACAAGGAGACUCUAAAUGAGUACAUAAAAUUUUUGAUGUCCGAACCUUCGCACGUGACUGCCUCAAUCAUCCUCAAAAAGCUGGACACCAUUUGUACUCAGUACCGCACGGCUAACAAAGCCAUUGUGAGUUGGUCCACGGUGGAAUUGUUAAAUUGCGAGGGCGUCGCCGAUGCGUACAUUUUCCUGGCUCUAAAAUAUCUCAUCACGCCAGAGACGUUCGAGCCGUUCAACUUUAAGCGCAGCGGGGUGGAGGACAAUGGGGCACGCGGAUCACUUGCGUUGGACAACCUAUUGAGUGCCAACCGCUUAAAGCGGCUGCGGGAGAAAUUGAACCUGGUGUUCAGCUGCAAGAACAUUCGCAUUCGCGUCAUUCAGGGCUUACCCGAACACACUCUAAAUACCGAAAUCACCUCGGAAUUCAUAGAGGCAGCCAAAUGUGCUCUGCGGUCGUCCUAUGAUGCCGACACUCGCACUCUCAAGCUUUCGCGCUUUCACGCCAAACCGGAACUGGGCCCACACUUUUGCCCUUUGUACGUAGACAAGUUUUUUGAGUGCGUUCUGCAUUUAAUACUGGAGCAAACGCCUCGGGUGUCCAAAAUCAUACUCAGCGACAACUACUUGUGCUCGCUGAAGGCAUUUGAUGUCAUUCCCAAUGGAGUGUUAGACGGCCUGGAGUGUUUGGACCUCAGCUCGAAUAAAAUUCGCGAGUUGGCGGAUCUACAAUAUCUGGCCAAUCUGAAACUGAAGAGUCUAAUCCUACGUGGGAAUGGCAUGGCCAAACUAAAGCAAGAUGAGAUUCUAGCCAUUCUUCCCCGACUACACAACCUGGAGGGAUGUUUGCAAUCCCAGUGCCAGCAGGAAGUUCCCAUAGCUCGGCAAAAUAUGAAGCGAUUCGAUAAUACUGAGGCCAAUGCCCUGCUGUUUGCCAAAGACUUCAUCAAGCAUUUCUACCAGUUUUUCGAUCAGCCCAACCAACGCUCUCAGCUGGAGAAACACUACCAUGAGGGAGCCACGUUGUCCUUGAGUGUGCCAGAGACGAUGAAGCAGGUCUAUGCGUACAGACUCUACAAUCGUAAUUACAAGACCACACAGUCCAUGUUUGCACGCUCGUCCAAGCUGCAGGUUGGUCGUAAUGCUGUGAUGCAUGCUCUGGGUCGAUUCCCCAAGAUGGAAACCAACCUCCCAGGUGCCACAGUAGACGUCCAGGUGAUCACUUCUCACGUGCGCAAUGUCACAUUGACUGGCCACUUUCUAGAGCACACUCCGACUGGCAGGGAUCUGCGAAACUUCCAGCGCAAUUUUGUAUUGGCACUGCAAGAAUUAUCUUCUGUCUGGUUGAUAAAGACCGACAUGCUCUGCAUCAUUCCACCCAUUGAGGAAAAGAUUAUGGACGAACACUUGGAGCCAGAAGAAUUGCCGUGCUUGGAUACCUUGGGAAUGGCUGUGGAGCAAAUGAACAUCAACGUGGCAUCCCCCCAUCCCCAGUCAAUAAGUCCCGAAAGAUUUGGCGAAGAUACUUUACUCAAGGAAAUUGCAAAUAAAUCUCCAGAAAUAAAUUCGCUCGAUGUUAUGCCUCGUUUGGUGCCUAUCCCACCGCUCGAGUCCCAAUUAGAAGCUACCCUGUUACCAGGAACAAAUGAUAUUUCCUAUUUGGAGCGAGAGAUCGAUGAAACUUUAUUGUCCGAUGAUUCCGAUGAGCUCGUCAUCAAUGAACAUGUGCUCUUUGCCGAUUGUGAUCUAUUAUUAUAACUCAUUACACUCACAAUAUCACAAUAAUAUAAUUAAUAAUAAUAAUAAGAAGUCGCCAGUGUUCGCCCAAUCAAUCCUAAUCCAUAUAAACAACUUGUAUCAUUGUAUCCCCC